UACGAAGUGAAAAAGCUCAUGCCCACGAGUCGAGGGAGCGGGUCGGGUGCACAAAACCAGAACGGUGUGACGCUGCAGGCGGGAAUCGCUGACGACCAGUCCAAGGACUUCGACUUCGAGAAAACGGAGAUGAAGUACGACUCGACCGGUAUGUUCCACUGGAGUCCCGCGAAGAGCUUAGAGGAGUGCAUACUGGAUCGAAAUCAAGCGGCCAUGACGGUACUGAACGGGCACGUCGUUGUGUGUCUGUUCGCCGAUCCGGACUCGCCGCUGAUAGGAUUAAGAAACCUCGUGAUGCCACUACGUGCUUCAAACUUCCACUAUCAUGAGCUGAAACACGUCGUGAUCGUGGGUUCCGUUGAAUACAUUCGACGCGAGUGGAAGAUGCUGCAGAACCUGCCCAAGAUAUCCGUACUGAAUGGAUCCCCACUGAGCAGAGCAGACCUCCGAGCGGUCAACGUAAACCUUUGUGAUAUGUGUUGUAUUCUAUCGGCGAAAGUUCCUAGCAACGACGAUCCGACGUUAGCCGAUAAGGAAGCCAUCCUUGCCUCACUCAACAUUAAAGCAAUGACGUUCGACGACACCAUAGGAGUGCUGAGUCAGCGUGGCUCCGAGCAGGAUAAUCUCACCCCGGUCGGGAGUCCGAUAGUGCUGCAACGGCGCGGUUCGGUCUACGGUGCCAAUGUGCCAAUGAUUACGGAAUUAGUCAACGACAGCAACGUGCAGUUUCUGGAUCAGGACGACGAUGACGAUCCGGACACUGAGCUGUACCUAACGCAACCGUUCGCCUGCGGUACGGCAUUCGCUGUGAGUGUGCUAGAUUCCCUCAUGUCAACGACAUACUUCAAUCAAAACGCCUUAACACUGAUACGGUCGCUCAUCACGGGAGGUGCGACACCGGAACUGGAACUGAUACUGGCAGAAGGUGCUGGCCUGAGAGGUGGCUACAGCACGCCCGAGAGUCUCAGCAAUCGAGAUAGAUGUCGCGUCGGCCAGAUCUCCUUGUACGACGGCCCGCUGGCGCAGUUCGGUGAAGCCGGCAAGUACGGUGACCUGUUCGUGGCAGCGCUCAAGUCCUACGGCAUGCUAUGCAUAGGACUGUACCGAUUCCGGGACACCAGUUCGAGUUGUGACGCCAGCAGUAAGCGAUAUGUGAUCACCAAUCCACCCGAUGACUUCUCGCUGCUGCCCACGGAUCAGGUCUUCGUGCUGAUGCAGUUCGAUCCGGGCCUGGAGUACAAGCCGGCCACCGUCCGUGGCCCGGCUGGAGGUCGCCAGCAGAACAGUCAGCAGACCGGCGUCGGUGGCGGAGGCUCCAACAAAGACGACAACUCUUGACUAUUGCUGUGUAGCGCCUUGACCGAUGGGCCCUAUUCCUACAUAUGAACAAAAGAAACCGAUUUUAUGUACCAGAUCGCGCAAUAUAUCAAGCAUAUGUUUCGUAAGUUUGUCAAAUUGUUUUCCAAAAACCGUUAGGGCAAACCAGGUCGCCGCUGGUUUCGCUCGGUUGAGUGUUCGUUUGCUAGUUUUUGUUCAGAAGUUUUUACUUGAUUCUCGAUUCUAUAAAUAGGAAAUUGCUAUUGAAACAAUUGUUAAUUUGAAGCAAACUGAUAGCUUCUACCAAUCAGUUCCAAUCCGGUAUAUGUUGCGCAAUCUAGUAUAUAAAAGGGAUCAAAAGGCUGGAGGGAAACGAACGCACAAACGGCUUCAAUUCUCAAAAGCCUUUCCUCGAAUUCAUCGCCUUAUAAGAACCACCAAGGGGCGAGACACUACAAGUUCAUAUGUGAGAAAACAGAUAAACUUUGCUUCCCACACCAUUCCGCGUUUGAAGAUGAAAGAGUGAGAUUAACGAACAGAAUAGACGACACACCCAACUGUUGCAGCAUGUUUCGAUCCCUAAUUAGUUGUGAUUUAACAGAGAUUAGUUCCUAAAACAAAUAAUUCGUAUAUGUUAGUCACUAGGGGAGAGAUAUGAACACUAGAAAACGGGCACACACA